UCGGUUACCAAGGAAACAAGGUUCAAUUCUGUACUGUACCACAGGAAUUGUCCUGCAGUGGCUCCAGUCCGAUAAGCACUUGUCGAGUAUCAGUCAUGUAGUCCUGGACGAAAUUCAUGAAAGAAAUCUUCAGUCGGAUGUUUUAAUGAGCAUUAUUAAAGACCUUUUGAAUAUUCGUUUGGAUCUGAAAGUGAUACUGAUGAGUGCAACUUUAAAUGCUGAGAAGUUUUCAGAGUAUUUUGAUAACUGCCCCAUGAUUCACAUCCCCGGGUUCACCUUCCCUGUGGUGGAGUAUCUUCUCGAGGAUGUGAUCGAGAAGCUGAGGUAUACUCCAGAAAACACAGACCGUCGGCCGCGAUGGAAGAAAGGCUUCAUGCAAGGACACGUCAGCAGACCAGAGAAGGAAGAAAAAGAGGAGAUCUACAGGGAACGGUGGCCAGAGUACUUGAGGCAGCUGCGGGGCAGGUAUUCCGCAGGUACGAUAGAUGCCUUGGAAAUGAUGGAUGACGACAAGGUGGACCUCGAUCUUAUAGCAGCACUUAUCAGACACAUCGUUUUGGAGGAAGAGGAUGGUGCAAUUCUCGUGUUUCUUCCCGGCUGGGACAACAUCAGCACUUUGCAUGAUCUCUUGAUGUCACAAGUCAUGUUUAAGUCAGAUAGGUUUAUUAUCAUACCUUUGCAUUCAUUGAUGCCUACUGUUAACCAGACUCAGGUUUUUAAGAAGACGCCGCCAGGAGUCAGGAAAAUUGUGAUUGCUACCAACAUUGCAGAGACCAGCAUUACAAUAGAUGACGUGGUGUUCGUGAUAGACGGUGGGAAAAUAAAGGAGACGCACUUUGACACACAGAACAACAUCAGCACGAUGGCAGCGGAGUGGGUUAGCAAGGCCAAUGCCAAGCAGCGGAAAGGUCGAGCUGGAAGAGUUCAGCCAGGCCACUGUUACCAUCUGUACAACGGGCUGCGCGCUAGCCUUCUGGACGAUUAUCAGUUACCAGAGAUCCUGAGGACGCCUUUGGAAGAGCUCUGCUUACAAAUCAAGAUUCUAAAGCUUGGUGGAAUUGCUUAUUUUCUGAGCAAACUCAUGGAUCCGCCGUCUCGUGAUGCUGUCAUAUUGGCCAUAAAUCACCUAAUGGAGCUGAAUGCUCUGGACAGACAAGAAGAACUGACUCCGCUGGGUGUCCAUUUAGCACGGUUACCCGUUGAACCGCACAUUGGAAAAAUGAUCCUCUUCGGAGCCUUAUUCUGCUGCUUGGAUCCAGUCCUUACCAUUGCAGCUAGCCUCAGCUUCAAAGACCCUUUUGUCAUUCCUCUGGGCAAAGAGAAAGUAGCAGACGCAAGAAGAAAGGAACUGUCAAAGAACUCUAAAAGUGAUCAUCUAACUGUGGUGAAUGCUUUCACGGGCUGGGAAGAGACUCGACGUCGUGGUUUCAGAACGGAGAAAGACUAUUGCUGGGAGUAUUUUCUGUCUUCAAAUACGCUCCAGAUGCUGCAUAACAUGAAAGGACAGUUUGCUGAGCAUCUCCUUGCAGCUGGAUUUGUGAAUAGCAGAGACCCCAAGGAUCCCAAAUCUAAUACCAACUCAGAUAAUGAGAAGUUGCUCAAAGCUGUUAUCUGUGCUGGUUUAUAUCCCAAAGUUGCAAAGAUCCGGCCAAGCUUCAGCAAAAAGAGAAAAAUGGUGAAGGUUUGCACCAAGACAGAUGGAUCAGUUAAUAUUCAUCCUAAAUCAGUUAACGUGGAAGAAACAGAGUUCCAUUACAACUGGCUUGUGUACCAUCUGAAGAUGAGAACUAGCAGUAUUUACUUGUAUGAUUGUACAGAGGUCUCUCCGUACUGUCUCUUGUUCUUCGGAGGAGAUAUAUCCAUUCAGAAGGAUAAAGAUCAGGAUACCAUUGCUGUGGAUGAAUGGAUUGUUUUCCAGUCUCCGGCAAGAAUAGCACACUUAGUGAAGAAUUUAAGACAAGAGCUCGAUGAUCUCCUACAAGAAAAAAUAGAAAACCCACAUCCUGUGGACUGGAAUGACAUUAAAUCCAGGGAUACGGCAGUACUGACAGCUAUUAUAGACUUAAUCACAACGCAGGAGAACGAAAGUGCCAAAAACUAUGCUCCACGCUUCCAGAGUGAACGCUAUAGUUGA